GCCAGAGAGCGCUGACAUAAUACGCAGCGGAGCUCUUAUCUUAUCGCAGCUCCCUGCCCCCCGUCCCCAGUCCAUCGAAUUCAGGACGUCACCAGCAGCCGACCUUCUCUCCCCUCCUCUUCCGCCCACAAAACCGUCCCUUCGCAACCCACCACCACCACCAGAUGCGCCGCGGCACCAGCGACCGACAAGAUGGCGCCCCAAGCUGACAAGGGCGAGGAAGACCCCUGGAACGAGAACACCAAGGAGAAGUUCAACAGCAAGAGCAAGAGCAAGUGGCUCGACCCGUGCCAGGAGGCGGCCUCCAAGAGCAUCAAGUGCCUCAACCGCAACGGCGGCGACAGGGCCAUGUGCCAGGACUACUUCGAGGCUUACAGGGAGUGUAAGAAGAACUGGAUCAACAAGCGGAAGGCUGAGGGUGGCGGGCUUUUUGGUUAGGUAGGGCAUGAGCGACUGCGAUGAGGAGGACGAGAUGUCGAGGGACACGACGAUGUUUCCCCUGGUAGGCCGAGACGAACAGGCGACGGACGGGCGGGAUGCGAUCGACGCGGCGAUGACCGACCAUCACGGCCGCCCGGACCGGCAACCAACCAUACCGCAGCACGAGCACAUGCGCACACGCCCACUGGCCGCCUGUCUAUCGGUAUUGCGAGGAGGGGCGGCGAUAUCUCAUUGAGAUCUGGUUGGGGUCACCAGGGUCGUUUGGCUGGAAGGGUGUCGGCUGGACUGGCAGGCGAGGUCGAAAGUGCCAGGUCCUCCUCUGUAUCGCGUGUCACACCUGGCCGCAGCGGUUCCCGCCAUGCGGUGCAUCCUGGCGUGCAUGCGUGCGACGAUCAGUGACCUGGGUUGGCGUGCCCUGCAUGCUUGGUUUUGGGGCUAGCCGCAGUCCCUCGAUUAGCUUUGCCGGGAUGCGACCAUGCCUCGUCAGCUGAGAAAUCACUGUAAUAAAAUUGUAUCAUUUAUAAGGAAAGUAAAAGCUUGCGGCCCAAGGGCGCAGAUCCAUGCAGCGUUGCUCAGGCUUGGCCGCCUUGGUUUUGCGUUUCGUAGCUUGGAAAUGGGCCAUGGCCAAAGAUGAAGAAGGGUCAUAUUUCAAGGUUAUGGGAAAGUUAGUCCUUGAUCGGCCCAUGGGUGCUAAGAUGGGUCACAAACAUGGGCAGAAAUGAGAAGGAAUGGUCUCAAAAA